UCUGGGCACUGAUCUGGGAUCUGUUUGAUGUGGGCAUGCCAGAAGAACAGUAGAGAGAGUGAAAACUCACACACACACCCUUCACUCAAACAACAUUUCCCCACCUUUUUCCUCUCAGAUUGUGCCCUGUGUACUGGAUUGAGGACAUAGACAUACAGGAAUGAGACCCGCGGCGAUGUGUGUAUGAGGAACCAAACACGGCAACGAGAACUGAAUGCUGCACCUUUUAAAACUUGCAGUGGUAUAUUUUUGGGGGAGUUAUGGGGUUGUUGUCAGUGGAGCAGAAUUCCUGGCUGUUUGUGGCCAUUUUAUUUGGGAUAUACCACUUUGCUGAAGGCGGGUGUUUGGGAAGGUGUUGCCAAGGAGCCGAUCGCACCUGCUUUACUACGGAUUGGAGGAUGGAUCGAGUCUACGGGACGUGCUAUUGUGAUGACGGGUGUGUCAGAACAAACGACUGUUGUUUUGACUAUCCAACAGAGUGCCCUGCUCGGCCAUGUGUCGUGAGCGAAUGGAGUCACUGGAGCGGAUGUGAAAAACCGUGCCAGCCCUCGUUUCGUGUUCGAAGACGCAGUAUUCAGACUGAGCCCCAAAACAGUGGUCAGGUCUGUCCAAAGCUUGAAGAACAGGCAGGCUGUAUGGAGUAUCAGGACCAUCAGAGACAGUUUUGUGCUCAGACUCGAGGAGCAGCUUUUAUAACCACAAUGGAGUACAGCAAAGGCCGAACACACGGUUUGUAUGGGGCCCCGGUGGAUGCUGGAUUCUGUAUGGAGUUCAAGUUGGAGUCUCUCACACCACAGUGCAUGGUUGAGAACCGACCGUACACCCGCUGGAUGCAGUACAUGAGAGAAGGGUACACCAUUUGUGUGGCUUGUCAACCUCCAGCCAUGAGCAACCACAGCUGGAGUUGUCAAGGAGACGGUAACCUAGCUGAGAGGAAUGAUCUUCUACACUGGCAGGCGGUAGGAAGCCCCCGCUGCAGAGGAACGUGGAGAAAAGUCCAGAAACUCGAGCACUGCUCCUGCCCACAAGUACACAGCUUCAUUUUCAUUUAAACACAUAGGAUCCUUCUACAAGUCUUUGACAGAAAGGCAGUCUUAUACUGUACUCAAACACACAAAUGAACAAUAGGUCUCAUUUUCUGUCUGAAAACAUUUAUUAAAAACCCAUUAGUUUGUA